AUGGAGCCAGAGGCAGGGAAUGCUUCCUGCGAACAUUUUGAGACGGACAUGCACACUCAGUGCCUCCGUCAAAACUGUCCCCACCCCGAGGAACCCCACGGAGCCAGGCACCAGGUGGGCUGGAUUCCUGAGAAGACAGAGAUGGCCUCAGGCCCCAGAGGACACAACUUCCUGUGUGAGGCCGAGGGAGGCCCCCACCUGUACGUGCCUGCACCGCUCAUGGCUGACCCUCCUCGGGAGUCCAUGCUGGAGUCCGGGAGCCCUGUGCAUGCUGAGGCGCUCUACUGCGACCUGCCCCGCCGCCCGCCUGCACCCCCAGAGCCGCUCGCUGCCUCCACCUCCAGCCGCCCGUCUGGUCUCGGCCCAGACCUCGGGCCAGAACGGAGCCCAGGACGUGAGGACCAGGCGGCCUCCCUGAGUGGCAGCUGCGACAGCGAGGAGCCCGGCUGUGGCCCUAGCUCCAGUGCUGGCGGUGACACCCCUGAUGAUACCAGCUGCUUGUCCUCGGUGGACUGGGACACUGUCGAGAGGCAGGGGGUCCCCAGCGUGGCCGAACUCCCCAAGAUGAUCCCUCGGAGGAUCCAGGAAGGGCCGAGGACUGACAGCACCCGCAGGGCCCCAUCCCUCCUCAGCAGGCCGCCUGUGGGAACAGACGUGGCCGGCCAGAGGCAGGAGGACACCAGCUCCGGGCGACAGCACUGGGCCAAGCUCCGGGGGGAAGGCGGGUACUUCUCCUUGGAUCGACUUCGGGCUGCACCAGCCCAAGCUGUCUCCUCAGCCCCCCAGAGCGGACCUCGCAGUGCCACCUCCUUCGCCCAUCGCUCUGCCCAGCGGGACGCCACAGCCCAGGCUGCUUCUCCACAACAGGAUGCCCCCAGAGCCUCUUCUCCUCCCCAGACCCCCCGGUGGGACAACCCUCGAGCCUCUGCCACCCCACGAAGCAACCCUCACGUCUCCUCUCCCUCCAAAAGCACCCAGCAAGAAAACUCCAGCGCCGCCUCUGCCCACCAAGACGGGUCCCCCACAGCUUCUCCUACUCGUACCCUGCAACGGGACAGCCCCAGAACACCCUGUGCCCAGCGGGAUCCUCCCAGAACCUCCUCUCCCAACCGAACCGCCCAACGGGAGAGCCCCAGAACACCCUGUGCCCAGCGGGAUCCUCCCAGAACCUCCUCUCCCAACCGGACCACCCAACAGGACCAUCCCAGAACACCCUGUGCCCAGCGGGAUCCUCCCAGAACCUCCUCUCCCAACCGAACCACCCAACAGGACCAUCCCAGAACUUCUUGUACCCAACCGAACACCCUCAGAAGCUCUUCAACCCAACGGGACAGCCCGAAACCCUCCGCCCCUCGGGAUAAUCCCAGAUCACCCUGUCCCCCACGGGGCCACGUGCACUGCUCAUCCACGCCACAGUCCAACCCCCGCCCUUCCUCUUCGCAGCAGCGGGACAACCCUGGGAGGAUCUCCUCUCAAUGCUGCACCCAGCCGGACAAUCCCGGACCUGCGUCUCCCCAUCGCGCCUCUCCCCGGAAGAACCCCCGGAACUCCUCCCCACACCGCACAAACAAAGACAUCCCCUGGGCCUCCUUUCCGCUCCGGCCGACCCAGAGCGACGGCCCCCGGACCUCUUCGCCAGCUCGCGCCAAGCAAAGUGAGGUUCCCUGGGCAUCCAUUGCGCUCCGGCCAACCCAAGGGGACAGGCCUCCGACCGCAGCCCCAGCUCGGCCAGCCCAGCUUGACUCAGCCUUGUCCUCUGGCCCCCUCGCCAAGCACAACUCGCCAUGCCAGGCCGCCUCAUCCUCCCAGAACCCCGGCCACCACAGUGCUGCCAGGACUGCCUCUCCUCUGUACCCGCUUAGCCGGGGCGCCUCCCAGACUUCCGACUCCUCCCAGCCUCAGUGUGCCGUGUGCAUCGGGCACCGGGAUGCCCCUCGAGCCUCUUCGCCACCUCGCUAUUUGCAACAUGACCCCUUUCCCUUCUUCCCAGAGCCCCGAGCAUCAGAGAGCGACUCUGUCCACCACGACCCUCCCUAUAUGCCCCCUGCCGUCUGCAUCGGACACCGAGAUGCCCCCCGGGCUUCCUCACCUCCCCGCCACACCCAGUUCGACCCUUUCCCCUUCCUCCCAGAGAUACCUGAUGCUGAAGACCAGUCUCCGCAGCACGACCCUCCCCAGCUCCCCCCACUUGUGUGUAUUGGGUACCGCGACGCCCCCAGGGCCUCCUCCCCGCCACGCCAGGCCCCAGAGCCUGCCCUCUUGUUCCAGGACAUCCCCAGGGCCAGCACAGAGAGCCUGGCCCCCUCCACCGACUCUGUGCACAUGCAUCCCCACAUCCCCACCCCUGUGUGCAUCGGGCACCGGGACGCACCCUAUUUCUCGUCCCCCCCACGCCAGGCCCCUGAGCCCUCCCUCUUGUUCCAAGAUCCUCCUGGGGCCAGCAUGGAGAGCCUGGCCCCCUCCACUGACUCCCUGCAAGGCUGCGCCUUGCUGCCCCCGCAAGUGUGCAUUGGGCACCGGGAUGCCCCCCGGGCCUCCUCCCCACCCCGCCACCCACCCAGUGACCUAGUGCUCCUGGCACUCUCACCUCCACCGGGCAGCUCGGGGGGCUCCCGGGGCUCGGCACCCCCCGGGGAGACCAGGCACAACUUGGAGAGGGAGGAGUACACGGUGCUGGCUGACCUACCCCCGCCCAGGAGGCUGGCACAGAGGGAGCCGGGGGCCCAGGCGCAGGGCAGCAACGGGGGCCGCACCCGCAGCCCCGGCCGAGCAGAGGUGGAGCGCCUCUUCGGGCAAGAGCGCAGGAAGCCCGAGGCACCGGGGGCCUCCCAGGCCCGGGACGAGGGGCGGUCACAGCGACCCGGCCAAGGUCAAAGCCAACUGCUCCGAAGACAGUCCAGCCCUGCCCUCAGCAGGGAGCCCUGGCCGCAUCCACUGGUGACUGUGUCCCCUCCUAAGCAGGCAGAGCCAGCCCGGCGGAGCAGAGCCGAGGCCCCUCGUGCCAGGAUCCCGGAGAGGCACCCUGAGGGGGACCGGAGGCUCCAGGGGUCCUCACAGCCCCCCAGGACAUCAGCCAGGACCUUGGAGCGGGAGUGCCAGGCAGAAGGACCUGCAGAGAGAGGCCGAGGGGGUCCGGGGAAGCCCCUGGGGGUGCGGCAGAGUCAGGAGGCACCCCCAGGGCCCCGGAGCGCUCCCCAACACCUGGAGAGGAACUGCAGCUUCCAGGAGAGCCCAGGUCCUGGGGAGUCCAGCUGGGGGGCUGCCAGAGGCCCUGAGGGCACAUGGAGGGGCCCUUCCAGGGAGGCCCAGGAGAGCUGGGGGCAGCCGUCAGAGGCCUGGAAGGAGACCCCCAGGAACAGUGUACGAGAGGAGCUGGCCAGUCCCUACCCACCCAUGAGCCCUCCAGGGCUCUCGCCAUCCCGGCAGCCUGAGAUAGCGAGCACCACGGACUGGGGGGCAGAAGGCACAGGCCCACCUCCCCGAGACCCUGAGAAGCGCUCGGAGUUUGACUGGAGGGACCUGCUGAGCCUCUUCCAGGUGCCCACUGAGGGGACCUGGGCCCAACCAGGGGAGUCGCUGCUCGCAGCCCACCUGCCGAGGCUGGCCUGGGAAGGUUUCCUGGGGCUCCUGCAGGCCCGGCUGCCCAGCAGGGACUCAGCUGGACAUCAGGCUGGCCCAGCCAAGUCUUCAGAGCCCGAGCUGGGUCCCCCAAGCACAAAGGGCAUCGCAGAGCCAGAGUCACACAGCCAGCCUGAAGCCUGGGCCGAGGCCACCCUAGCCAAUGGACACAGCCCCGAGCAGUGGCCCCAACGCCCAGCCCAGCCGCCCAGCCCUGCCUGCACCUCCACCCAGUGGCCAAAGACCAAAGUGACAAGUGGACCAGAGAGCUCACCGAUGGCUGAUCUGGAGGAGUCGGGCCGGCUGCGGAGCUGGAGCCCCGAGGAGGGCCCCAGCUCACCGGAGCGGGAGUUCCAACCAGAGAAGCCUGAGGUGUCAGAACCAAGCAGAGACCAGGACUCCCUGACUGACCUGAAGCAGGCAGACUCGGCAGACAAGAGGCCAGCAGAGGGCAAGGCUGGGAGCCCACUCAGGGGCCGACUGGUGACCUCAUGGCGGAUGCCCGGGGACCGGCCCACGCUGUUCAAUCCACUCCUGCUGUCUCUGGGGGUCCUCAGGUGGCAAAGGCCUGACCUGCUCAACUUCAAGAAGGGAUGGAUGUCCAUCUUGGAUGAGCCCGGAGAGCAGGCUGCCUCCUGUGGGUCCGAGUGGGCAGGGCCCUCUGAUGGGCUGUGCUGGCGUCCUAGGCUCUCGGACCACAACAAGGAGAACGCACUGCACAGCCACGGCACCCUGAAGGGCUCGCUGAAGGCCGGGGAGCAGCGGGCAGGCUCUGAGGUCAUCGGCCGGGGCGGCCCACGGAAGGCGGAUGGGCAGCGGCAGCCCUCGCAGUAUGUGCAGCUCUCCCCGCUGACGCAAGGCACCCCGCAGCGGGUCCGCCCGGCCGCCCGCACUGCCGACCGGCCAGCCAAGCAGGAGGAGCUGGAGCGGGGCCUGGCCCAGCGCUCGGAGGAGCGGCGCAAGUGGUUCGAGGCCACAGACGGCCGCGUGGCAGAGCCACCGUCCCCCGGCACUGGCGAGGGGCCCCGCCGGGGCCUGGGCGCCCCCCUGACGGAGGACCAGCAGAGCCGGCUCAGCGAGGAGAUCGAGAAGAAAUGGCAGGAGCUGGAGAAGCUGCCACUGCGGGAGAGCAAGCGGGUGCCGCUCACCGCCUUGCUCAGCCAAGGCCGCGGGGAGCGCCGGGGACCCUCCAGCGACAGUCACGAGGCCCUGGAGAAGGAGGUCCAGUGUCUGCGGGCCCAGCUGGAGGUCUGGCGUCUCCGAGGGGAGGCCCCACAGGAUGCACCCCAGACCCACGAGGACAGCCCCGUCCCUCCGGGGUACAUCUCUCAGGAGGCGUGCGAGCGCAGCCUGGCGGAGAUGGAGUCCUCGCACCAGCAGGUGAUGCAGGAGCUGCAGCAGCACCACAAGCGGGAGCUGCAGCGGCUGCAGCAGGAGAAGGAGUGGCUCCUGGCCGAGGAGACAGCGGCCACCGCUUCAGCCAUCGAAGCCAUGAAGAAAGCCUACCAGGAGGAGCUGAGCCGGGAGCUGAACAAGACGCGGAGUCUGCAGCAGGGCCCUGACAGCGUCCGGAAGCAGCACCAGUCUGACGUGGAGGCGCUGAAGCGGGAGCUGCAGGUGCUGUCGGAGCAGUACUCACAGAAGUGUCUGGAGAUCCGGUCCCUGACACGGCAGGCCGAGGAGCGGGAGCUCACGCUCAGACACUGCCAGCAGGAGGGCCAGGAGCUGCUGCGGCACAACCAGGAGCUGCACACACACCUGUCAGAGGAAAUUGACCGGCUGAGGAGCUUCAUCGCCUCGCAGGGCGCAGGCAACAGCGGUGGACGAGGCAGCGAGCGGAGCUCCUGCGAACUGGAGGUGCUGCUGCGGGUGAAGGAGAACGAACUGCAGUACCUGAAGAAGGAGGUGCAAUGCCUGCGGGACGAGUUGCAGACCAUGCAGAAGGACAAGCGCCUCACCUCGGGGAAGCAGCAGGAUGCGUGUGUGGAACAGAGCCACGUCAGGACGCGGUCUGAGCGCGAGAUUGAGCAGCUGAGGGAACACCUGCGCCUCGCCAUGGCCGCCCUGCAGGAGAAGGAGGCCACCCGCAACAGCCUGGCCGACUAGAGGUCCUGGGGGGCCAGGCCAGCUGGAGACCUCCAGCCCAGGGGACCAACCUCCCUCCUUCCCUGCUGGAUGGGGUCCAGAAGCCAAGCUUUCUCUUAGCCCCAUGGGCCACAUGUGCACUCAUACCCACCACACACACACACACACACACACACUGCACACAUACACACAUGCAUGCGCACAUUCGUGCGCGCACACACAUGCACACGGGCAUACACAUGCACGAACACACACAGACACACACACACAACUCUGCAUAUCUGAGCGCCCCUCAUACUGGGUCUUACCUUGCACCUUCUUCAGGAUUUUAUAUGUGAAGAGAUUUUUAUAUAAAUUUUGUUCCCUUUUUCCCCCAAAAACACUUUAUACUUUUUACAAAAGCCAUUCCAGGUGUGUGCGCCUCCACCGCCACUCCCCUCCGGCACCACCACCCUCGCCGCCUGGGCUGAGGUCCAUCGGCGGCCAGCCGCAGCCAGGGACCUGAGGGGAGAGGCAGCGAGCCAGCCACCUUCUCCCUCCACCCCCCCAGCCUCCUACUAACUACUUCCUGCCCUGGGUAGACCCCGUCCCCUGGGGCUCUGGAUGGAGGGACAGACGGUCUGAGGGAGCUGGCAGCCACUCCAAGGCCCCACCACCUGUGAGAGGGUGCUGGACGGGGCUGCCGAAGCCUCCCCAUGAAGGGUUUCCCCCCCACCCCCAAACCUCCUAAAUUAAUAAAGCGUUCCCGCAGCUUUGGC